AUGGCUCAAGACAGACCAGAUCAAGAUGAGACAGAGAAAACGGAGAUUGAUAACAGCAUCAUACAGAGACUUCAAGACAGACCAGAUCAAGAUGAGACAGAGAAAAAGGAGAUUGAUAACCGCAUCAUACAGAGACUUCAAUCUGGCUGGAUAGGCACUCUUCAUGUCGUUUUCCUGGUGCUGCUUUUAGUCCUAAUCACUGUCAUUGUUGGCCUGAGCAUCAAUGUUAAGCAGUUACAGAAAGAAAGGAGUCAGCUGAGACAGCUUCUAGAAUCAACACACAUGGGACUGAACCACACCAUGGAAGUAAAUCAAAAAGUGAGCCAGAGUCUGAACUUCACCGUGGAAGAAAAUCAAAAACUGAGGCUGAGUCUGAACUACACCAUGGAAGAGAAUCUGAACCUGAGCCUGAGUCUGAACAACACCAUGGAAGAAAAUCAGAAAUUGAGCAGAAGACUAAACUACACCAUGGAAGAUAAUCAGAAAUUGAGCCUGAGUCUAAACUACACCAUGGAAGAUAAUCUGAAACUGAGCCGAAGACUCAACCACACCAAGGAAGAAAAUCAAAAACUGAGCCUGAGUCUGAGCUACUCCAUGGAAGAAAAUCAGAGACUGAGCCGAAGACUAAACCACACCAUGGAAGUAAAUCAAAAAGUGAGCCAGAGUCUGAACUUCACCGUGGAAGAAAAUCAAAAACUGAGGCUGAGUCUGAACUACACCAUGGAGGAGAAUCUGAACCUGAGCCUGAGUCUGAACAACACCAUGGAAGAAAAUCAGAAAUUGAGCAGAAGACUAAACUACACCAUGGAAGAGAAUCUGAAUCUGAGCCAAAGAUUAAACCACACCAAGGAAGAAAAUCAAAAACUGAGCCUGAGUCUGAGCUACUCCAUGGAAGAAAAUCAGAGACUGAGUCGAAGACUAAACCACACCAUGGCAGAAAAGUCACAGCUUCAAGUGCAGAUUGAGGAGAUGAAAAUCAUAUUGAAUUCUACUAUGGAAAACCGUGACUCUUUCAGAAAAGACAAAAUCAAAUAUCAACAGCUUUUGAUCAAUGAAAGGCAGACCUCAACUCAACUAAAAGCUGAAAAUCAACGUCAACAAUCAAUUCUGAUGUCGGAGAAACUAUCUUUCCUCUGGAGAUUCUGUGAUAAAGGCACCCUGCAAUGUUCACGCUGUCUUCCUGGUUGGGCUGAGCACGCCACACGCUGCUUCCAUUUGGCAUCACAACCAAUGAAGUGGGAAGAUGCUCGUAGGGAGUGUUUUAAUGAAGGUGCUGACCUGGCUGUUGUCUUGAAUGCUGCAGACCAGGCAUUUCUGACCAACAUGACUUUCCAGUUUACACAGCAGCAUCCAAAUGUACUGUUCCAUUCAGCAUGGAUCGGGUUGCAGGACAUGGUGCAGGAUAACAGAUUUGUGUGGGUAAAUGGUAUCAAGUCCAAGUCAGAUUUGAAGUUCUGGAUGCCUGGAGAGCCAAACAAUGCUGUGGCUCAAUGGGACAAAGACCGUGCAGGACAGGACUGUGUUGUCAUUGUCCCUCCAAAGACUGUUGGACAGAAAGGCUGGCUGAACUCCUGGGAUGAUGUUGUCUGUCGAGGCCAGCGGCACUACAUUUGUGAAACCAAAGCUCUUAUUUUGUCUGGAGUGAAAACUGAGGAAUGA